GCGAGGCUGCUGGCUUCGCGGCGGUGAGCGAGGAGCGAGCGCGGCGAGCGCGAGCCCGGGCGCAGGGCCACUCCUUCGGGUCUGGCUGCCCUGUGGGCUCGGCUCUCCUUCUUCCCCUCCCUCUCUCUCUGCCCCUUUGAUUUUCUUCUCGAUUUGCGUCUUCACCAUCUUCGGACUUCAUCCUCUGGCCGCACCACUGCGAGUACCCCCGUCUCUAAAUGGAAGUAGUGGAGCUCGGAGCCUCUGGUGUAAGGCACAGACAUGAUCCAUGGACGCAGUUUGUUUCCCAUUGUAGCAAGUUUAAUCAUCCUCCAUUUGUCUGGGGCAACCAAGAAAGGAACAGAAAAGCAAACCACUUCAGAAACACAGAAGUCGGUACAGUGUGGAACUUGGACCAAACAUGCAGAUGGAGGUAUCUUUACCUCCCCCAAUUACCCUAGCAAGUACCCCCCAGACCGCGAGUGCAUCUACAUCAUAGAAGCUUCUCCAAGACAGUGCAUUGAACUUUACUUUGAUGAGAAAUACUCUAUUGAGCCGUCUUGGGAGUGCAAAUUUGAUCAUAUUGAAGUUCGAGAUGGACCGUUUGGCUUUUCUCCGAUAAUUGGACGUUUCUGUGGACAACAAAAUCCACCUGUAAUAAAAUCCAGUGGACGAUUUCUAUGGAUUAAAUUUUUUGCGGAUGGAGAGCUGGAAUCUAUGGGAUUUUCAGCUCGAUACAAUUUCACACCUGAUCCUGACUUUAAGGACCUUGGGGUUUUGAAACCAUUACCAGCCUGUGAGUUUGAGAUGGGCGGCUCGGAAGGAAUUGUGGAGUCCAUGCAAAUUCUGAAGGAAGGCAAAGCUUCUGCCAGCGAGGCUGUGGACUGCAAGUGGUACAUCCGGGCACCUCCACGCUCCAAGAUUUACUUGCGAUUCCUGGACUAUGAGAUGCAGAAUUCGAAUGAGUGCAAGCGGAAUUUCGUGGCGGUCUAUGAUGGGAGUAGCUCUGUGGAGGACUUGAAAGCUAAAUUCUGCAGCACUGUGGCCAACGACGUUAUGCUGCGCACGGGCCUCGGGGUCGUCCGCAUGUGGGCAGACGAGGGCAGUCGGAACAGCCGCUUUCAGAUGCUCUUCACAUCCUUUCAAGAACCUCCUUGUGAAGGCAAUACAUUCUUCUGCCAUAGUAACAUGUGCAUUAACAACACCUUGGUCUGCAACGGACUCCAGAACUGUGUUUACCCUUGGGACGAAAACCAUUGUAAAGAGAAGCGGAAGCCCAGCCUGCUGGAUCAGCUGACCAACACCAGCGGGACAGUGAUAGGAGUGACUUCCUGCGUCGUCAUCAUCCUCAUCAUAGUCUCAGUCAUCGUCCAGAUCAAACAGCCUCGUAAAAAGUAUGUUCAGAGGAAGCCGGACUUGGACCAGACCGUGUUCCAGGAGGUGUUCGAGCCGCCCCAUUACGAACUGUGCACGCUCAGAGGAACAGGAGCCACCGCUGACUUUGCUGAUGUGGCGGAAGACUUUGACAGCUUCCAUAAACUGCGGAGGUCAUCUUCCAAAUGCAUUCACGACCAUCACUGUGGAUCCCAACUGUCCAGCACUAAAGGCAGCCGCAGUAACCUCAGCACAAGAGAUGCUUCCGUCCUGACAGAAAUGCCCCCGCAACCCAUCAAACCCCUCAUCCCGCCCGUGAGCAGAAGGAACAUCCUGGUCAUGAAACACAACUACUCCCAGGACGCUGCGGAUGCGUGCGACAUCGACGAAAUCGAGGAGGUGCCCACCACCAGCCACAGGCUGUCCCGGCACGACAAAGCUGUCCAGCGGUUCUGCCUCAUUGGGUCUCUAAGCAAACAUGAAUCUGAAUACAACACAACUAGGGUCUAAGAGAGAAUUCAAG